GCCCCUCGUCCCUUCUCGGCCGCCGUAGUGGAGUAAAAAAAAAAAAAAACGGUUCCUCAGCAACGAGAACAAACAACUGGAACCACCGGCACCAGCUCUGGGAGAACCAAGAGGUACCAUAGGCAGUUCCUUCCAAGAAGAUGUCGAUUCCAUUCUCCAACACCCACUACCGAAUUCCACAAGGAUUUGGGAAUCUUCUUGAAGGGCUGACACGUGAGAUUCUGAGGCAGCAACCGGACAAUAUACCAUCUUUUGCAGCAGCAUAUUUUGAGAGUCUUCUAGAGAAGAGAGAGAAAACCAACUUCGAUCCAGCAGAAUGGGGAAGUAAGGUGGAUGACCGCUUCUAUAACAACCAUGCAUUCAAGGAGCAAGAACCAGCUGAGAAAGAAAAGUCUCAGGCAGCUGAGAAAGAAAUGUCUCAGAAAGUGGAGACACCAGACACACCCUUAGAAUCUCCUGAUGAAGAUAAGGAAAAAGAGGAGCUGGCUGCUGUCAAAAUUCAAGCAGUGUUCCGGGGACACUUAGCCAGAGAGGAGGUGAAGAAAAUGAAACAAGAUGAGCCUGAAGAGAAAACACAGGAAGACAACUGAGGAGACUGGUUUUGCCCCCCCAGAAAACAUGAAAAAAUAAUUCAAAUCCAUCAACCAUGUUGUGAUUGUCGUUUUUUUUCUUCCUAAGGGAGAUUGGAUGUAGUGGAAUAACAUUGGCUGCUGUUGUGAAAAUCUGUCAUCAGCAUUUGUUUAAUAAACAUGCCAUUGAACACA